AUGAAAAUUCUAAUCGAUACCGGCGCACAAUAUUCGUUUAUUAAUGAAAAAUUUUUAAAAAUUUUUAAUCAAUUUAAAUAUUCUGCUAUUGGACAUCAAAAAUUUUUUAUGGCUGAUGGAUUAACUUAUUUUAUAGUGACAGGAAUUAUUUAUUUGAAUAUUACUAUUGGUGAUAUUGUUAUACCAAUUUAUACUGAAACAAUACCUAUUGAUUUUCCUGUUAAAUUAUCACGUUCUAUAAAGAUAUUAUCUAAAUCUAAACAACAAAUUCCUGUUACUGUUAAUAGUUCAACAGCAACUUUACCAUUUCGUCCAUCAUCUAAUUUUAUUCAAAAAACUUCCAUUUACGUACCACAUUUAAUAUUAAAUAUAAGAAAUUAUUCAACAUUAUUAACUGUUAGUAAUUCAUCAAAUUCACCACGUUAUUUACCUAAAGGAACAGUUAUUGGAAUCGCAACAUAUAAUAAUUCUGAUUCUUAUAAUAUUACAGAUAAUAAAAAUUCAAUUACACCUAAUACAUUUAAUUCAGCAUCUCAACAAAUAAAUAAAAUUACUACUCCACCACCACUUCCUACAACUCAACAAACAAUUUCAAACUUAUUAUUUCACAUCGCUGAUCAAACACAACGUGAUUUAAUUCAGUCAUUAUUAUUUAAAUUUCAAUCUACAUUUGAUACAAGUAAAUAUUCAGUUGCACAAACAAAAUUAUCUCACGUAAUCGAGACAUAUCCUCAUACUCCACCUGUUUCAAAAUGUUACCCUGGUAAUCCAACAAUAAUUGCUGAAUUAAAAUCAAUUAUUAAUAAAUUAUUAGAAGCUGGUCUUAUUCGAGAAUCUCAAUCACCAUAUGCAGCACCAGCAUUGUUAGUAAAAAAGAAAGACCAAACUUGGAGAUUAGUUAUUGAUUAUAAGAAGCUGAAUGCCAUCACCAUUAAAGAUAAUUAUCCUCUUCCUAACAUGGAGGCAACUCUUCAAACAUUAGGUGCUGGUUAUCAUUACUUUAGUAAGUUUGAUCUUAAAUCUGGUUUUUGGCAAUUGCCAAUUAAUGAAAAAGAUCGUUUUAAAACAGCUUUUAUAACUUCAUUCGGAUUAUUCGAAUGGUUGGUACUUCCUCAAGGUCUUCGAAAUUCGCCUCCAAGCUUCCAACGGAUAAUGAACAAUGUAUUAGGUGCUUAUUCUGAAUUUUUUUUGGGAUAUCUUGAUGAUAUAAUAAUAUUCUCGAAGGAUUUUAAUCAACAUUUAAAUCAUAUAGAACAAGUAUUAAAUACUUUAAAAUCACAUAAUUUAAUAUUAAACCCAACAAAAUGUGAAAUAGCUAAACAACAAAUUGAAUAUUUAGGACAUGUAAUUACACCAACAACAAUUAGUCCAACACCAGAAAAAAUUAAAUCAAUUAUAUCAUUACCAGAACCUCGAACUUUAGCUCAAGCUAAUCGUUUUAUUGGAGCUCUUUCCUGGUAUCGGAAAUUUAUUCCAAAUUUUUCAUCAAUAGCAGCUUCUAUACAUGCAGUCACUAAUCUUACGAAACAUAAUCGACAUAAAUUUAAAUGGGUUUAUGAACAAUCAAAAUCUUUUAAUGAAUUAAAACAAUUGUUAACAUCAACUCCAUUAUUUUUAAAUUUUCCUGAUGAUACACAAUCAGUUUUAUUAUCAACUGAUGCUUCAAAAAUUGGUUUAGGUGGUAUUCUUUAUCAAGAAAUUAAUAAUGUUAGAAAAGUUCUUUACUAUCAUUCUGAAUUACUAUCUCCUUCACAAACACGUUAUAAUCCAAUGGAACUCGAAGCAUUAGCUAUAUUUAAAUGUAUUACAAGAAUGAGGUCUUUUUUACUUGGUCGUAAUAUUAUUAUUUAUACUGACAAUUGUCCUCUUUGUCAUAUGAUGAAUAAAAAAAUAUCAAAUAAACGUGUUGAAAAAAUAUCAUUAUUACUUCAAGAAUUUAAUAUUCAACAAAUUAUACAUGUUAAAGGAAAAUACAACUGUUUACCUGAUUAUCUUUCACGACAUCCUAUUGCAUCUGAUGAUGAAUUACCUGAUGAUUAUGGUUUAGGAUUUACAAAAGAUAAAUCAUCUUCUAUUCAAUUACUUGGUGUAGUUGUUACUCGAUCAAAAGCUAAACUUUUAUCUCAUAAUAUUGAUUCAACUUCAUCAUCAUCACAACAACAAAAUUCUUUAAAUUCUUCAUCAUCAUCUUCUCAUGAUUCUAAUGAUUUACAUAAUGCUGAUGAUUAUUUUGAUAUUACUAAAUUAAAAGAGCACCAACAAAAUGAUCCUCAAAUUCAAAAAAUUAUUAAUGAUUUAAAACAACGUCCAAAUAUGUCAUUUGAAUAUCAAAAUGAUAUAUUGUAUAAAUUAUUAUCUCAUUUACGUGGAAAAAUAAACGAAAAUUAA